AUGUACCGCCUCACCCCGCGAGCACUCGCCCCCUCCUCUCUCCGUCUCACAACGAGAACCCACGCAACGCGACCCAUCCACAUCUCCGCAACCCGUCUCCGUUACCAGCCCGUCCGCGCAAGCAGCAUCAGCACCAGCACCAGCACCCACAGCAACAGCAACAUGGCGACGGCAGCGGCCCCCUCCCCCGCCGCCCCGAGCCUCCCCUACGACAACAAGAUCUUCACGUCGGCGUUCAACACGGCCAACGGCGAGGUCUCGUCGGCGACGCGCUUCCACUACCGCCAGGAGGGCAAGAUCGUGUGGGCCGAGUACGGCGGCGGGUCCAUCGUCAAGGGGUUCCUCAUCGCGACGGUGGCGGACGACGAGAGCCUCGACAUGCGGUACGAGCACGUCAAUGACAGCGGGGCGCUCAUGACGGGGCGGUGCCGCAGCGUGCCGGAGCGGUUGGCGGAUGGGAGGCUGCGGAUGCACGAGACGUGGAGGUGGACAUCGGGGGAUGGGACGGCGGGGGAGAGCGUUGUGGAGGAGGUGAGGGAGUGA